AUGAAAUCUAGUAAAGGCCUAAUUUAUUCACAAGCAAUAUAAACAAAUAACAAAUAUCCCAAUUAUGAUGUAAGCAUGAUAUAAAUUCUACUUAGUAGUUCUCCAUCGUAAGUAUAAGUAGUUCUAUACUUUAAAGUGAGAAAGAUAUGUAUUUGAUAUUUGUCAAAAGUGAGAAAAAGAGUUCUAGUGUAGUCUAGUGCAGGAACAGAAAACGGACCACACCGACCACAUCGACCACAUGAUCUGACAAACUAAACGUCAUCAGCAUGGUGGAGAGUGCUUUCAGGUUUUCAUCAUGGUAUAUACGAGCAGUACAAGAGGUCUCUCGCAAGGGCUUUGGUAAAUGUAGGAGGUAAGACAAGAAAAAUGGCGGAUGAAAGCGAGGAUCAAUGGUUAUAUGGGGAUUCAACGGACGGCAAGGAGUAUACAUCGACAAAUAUUCAAUCAGAGAUUCAGCAAAAUGACUCGACACUCUCCGAAGUUCAUGAGAAUUUGCAAAUUCGGGAGGAUCAGAAAAUGGAAGGUACUGGUGAGAUACCGUCCGAGAUGCAAGAAGUUAUCGACUCUCUUGGCGAUGGUGAUGAAGAAUCUUCUUCGUUGAAUAAUGUACAAGAAGAGAACUUAGAAGCAAGUAAAAAUGGGACGAGAGAUGCCUCUAGUCAAGAAGAUGGCGAAGCUGCCAGCGAAUCUGAUUCUGAUGAUGAUGUACAUGUUGUUAUUGGUGAUAUCAAGUCAGCACCAACAUAUGGUAAUUUAAAUAUCAAGAGAGGAGGAUUGCUAACAAAUACAUCUGGUGUAUCAGACAAACUGAACAAACAGCCAGGAAAGUUCAGUAUAGAUGAAUUUGAAACUAUUGGUGUUAUCAAUGGGAUACCAGCCCAUGAGUUUAAUUUAGAUCAAUUGGAGGAUAAACCAUGGAGACAACCUGGUGCAGAUAUCACAGAUUAUUUCAACUAUGGUUUCAAUGAAGACACCUGGAGAGCAUAUUGUGAACGUCAGAAGCGAAUGCGAAGCGAGUCUGGAGUAGGAUUGGUCUUAAAUGCAGGUAGUGGUAGUAGUAAUCCAAGUGGCAUGAGAAUGCCUCAAGUGGCGAUAACCAAUGACAACAGUAAAUACUCUGGUAUUAUGGGUCCUAAGAGAGCUGGCCCACCACCUGGAAGGAAAAUGGCAGGGACUAUAGAUGUUAUAGGAAGUUCUGGUUUAGCUUCUAGAAGAAAUCUGGAUAAGUCCCCACCAAAAGGAAAUGUUAUACAAGUUAUGACUGCUGACAGAAGAGAGUAUUCUAGAAAACCAGGUUUCCCUGAUAUGAGUGUACCACCUCCUGGAGCAGGAAUGCCACCGCCGCCAUUCGAUAUACCUCCAACAUGGCAGCCGACAAAUCUGGCAAUCCCGAUGACUGAAGGUGAAGACGACAAAGAUAUGGGACCUAAGACGAUACCUACGAUGGUUCCACCAACAAACAUUCCACCUCUGAUGCAGCCGCGCGAUCAGAGGGAUGGUAGAGACCGGGAACGAGACAGAGAUAGGGAUCGCGACCGGGAAUUGGAUUCCAUGAGCAGAGAUAGGGACAAGGAUAGAGAUCGCGAUCGUGAUAGAGAAAAGGAUUCCAUGAUGAGGGAUCGCGAUAGAGACUCUAUGACGCGAGAUGAAGAUCGAGAGCGUGAUAGAUCCAGGUCUCAAUAUCGACAUAAAGAUCGACAUCGGCAUCGAUCAAGAUCGCGAUCUCGUAGACACAAAUCAAGAUCACGGAGUCCAACUCGGUCGCGUAAGAAGAAAUCUAGACGCUCGGAUAGAGAGCGUUCCAAGGAAGAAAGUGAAUAAAUGUGUGUACACAUAAAACCUUUUAUUGUAUUAAUUUACGGCGUCAUAGUACAUGAGGUGCAUCAUAGAAUUAAGUGAUCAUUUUACAUAAAAUAAGGUUUUGACUGUUUCUAAAUAAGAAUACAUUAUUAGUACAUUGCAUCAGUAAAAUUAUUCGUAAAGCUAAUUGUAAGAUAUACAAGUUAAUUGUCAAAUAUAAAAAAUGAAAUAUUUAGCUGUUCUUGCAGAAGUUACACAAAUGAUAUAAUUUUUGACACAAGUAAAUUAUUAAUGCAAACAAUAAAAGUUGGAUUUAUAGAU